CUUGCUUCCGUUCGCGACUACGCUCGCAGGCCACUUACCGUGCUGCCCUCCCUGGCCGUCCACUCCAGCUCGUCUCGUCGGAGCAGACUUGGGGCUGGUAUCUCUGCCGCCUGCGCGCAACAGGGCCGCCCAAUCCGAACGCGCUCGGGCCAUGUCACCGGCGGUAUCGCCGUACGAUCCACUACCAACGAUCAGCUCUGUAUUGUUCAGGAACCCACCAGACGCGGUUCCCCCAACCGAUGAGCUUGAAGGUCUUCAUGCGGAAUUGAAGCUUCUCAGACAAAGGACCCUCGAGAGGGCCAAGAAAGCUGGCGAAGACCUCAAGAUUAUUGAGGAGUCUAUGAGACGAUUGAAAGAGAAGGAGAAGGGCAAGGCUAAAGCCUUGGAGAAGGUGAAGAAGGAAAGAGGCUUCACCCCCAUCCCGAUUCCGAAUGGCGAGGAUGCGGCGAAACCACCUGCGCCGACCCUACCCAUACCUCCGCGGCCCCGCCUGCCUCCUGCACCACCUGUAUCAGUAACGCCAACGCCAACUCCCGUCGUGGAAAUGCGCAAGUCCGCAACGGAGGAUGCGAAGAAGAAGAAGAAGAAACGGAAACGCGACGACCUCAGCGAUGCAGAGUCUGAACCUCCGAAGGCACGCAAAACUUCACCCAUGCCUCCACAUACGCAUCCACAUCCUCCCCCUGCACAUGUACCACCACCGAAACCCAAUAAAUACCCAUCGACAUCCAUUGCUUUUAACAAGCCGGCUAACGGCCAGGACUUCGCUCUCCCGCCACAAAUCUCCUUGCUACCGACCCGACCUCAGCCACAACCUGUACCUGUACCAGGACCUAGCAAACCCACUGCCGUCCAAGAUGACUUCACCAAGAGUAAGGUACCUGGCCAGCAGGUGCAGAUCACAACGUUCUACGCGAGCGUCGAACCGUGGCUCCGCCCUAUCAAGGAGGAGGAUAUUGGCUUCCUGGAGCACACUGGCGAUGACGUGGAGCCGUUUGUCAUGCCGACGCUAGGAAGACGUUACACCGAGGUAUGGGAGGAGGACGAUACGAGGCGGUAUGGCGGAUCAUUGCCUGGUGCUGCCGCCGCGCGCGCGGCAGCACGCAUUCGCCCAUCGACUUCAUCUGGUCCAUUACCGCGAUGGGAGCCGUCUACGCUCUCAGAACCUGAUCUACUGACGGAGGAACGCGGGCACGGACCGUUGACGGAGCGAUUAGUCACUGCCCUUAUUCCUAUGCACAAUGCCACGGAGUGGAAGGGCGUGAAGGCCGCGGAGGAAGCAAUGGAAGGCAGGCCGGGCACGAACGGUGCAGCAGCAGCGGCUGCACGAGAUAAGCUCAAUGUCGCUGAUCUGGAGGACCGUGUCACGAACGUCCUGCGAUUUCACGGUCUUAUUGAUGAGCUCCCCAAUUUCUCGGAGGCAGUCGACGACCCAAUUGCCACGGCGCUGCGGCAUGCACAGCGCGAGUUGCGCACGGUGCUCGCGACGAACAAGGUCCGUCGAAAUCGUCUCGUCGCCAUCGCCCGCGACCGGCUUGGGUACCAAGAGUACGUCGACCUGCGUGAUACCAUCGACAAGAACAUCCAGGCGCUCUACACCAAGCUGCAGAAGAAGGACGGCCCGAAGGCGAGUAAGAACAAGAAGAAGAAGGUUUCAGAGCCGAAUGGGCUCCCGAACGGCGCGCCACUCACUGGCAUCAGCGCGUUGCCUCCGUGUCCUGCAGCUCUCGGGCUGACGCUGGACGAGGAGAGCCAUUUGAGUGUUCCGGAGCAACUCAAGCGGCUCGUGGAUACGCGCCAGCAGUGGGUGGAGACCAUCGGCGGGGUGUUCGAGGAGAAGCAGACGGAACAGCCCGGGCGAAUAUGGGAAUUCCCUAAGACCAGCGUAUACGCCGAUAUCGAGGAGGACGUGCAGCGGGAGAUGGCGCGUCUGGGAACGACUUCCGCGUCGGGCUCCAAGUCUCAGCGCGAUGCAGCGCGGCCGUCUGCUAAUGGCGUCGACUCACGGACAAGUAGUACUGGUGGCAAGGGUAAACAGCGAGCUUCGGGGGACUACAUGGAUAUCGGCUGAUGCUCGUCUCGCGUUGGAGACGCGGCAGGAUGGACAGUGGAUCCAGACUAUCACAUUAUUCCUA